AAGCUCCCAGAGUUCCUAUUGGGUCAACGCGGGAAGUUCCAAGAUGGCGGCAGUGGCGACCUGCGGCACCUGCACCGGGAGUCCCGGGUCCACAGUGGCGGCGGCCAGCAAGAACAACGUCACCAGUUUCCAGCGGAGGGGUCCUAGAGCCAGCGGUUCCGACAGUGGCUACUCUCGACUGGUGUCCAUCGCGGGGACACGACCGUCUGUGCGGAAUGGACAGCUGCUGGUGUCAACUGGGCUCCCAGCCCUGGACCAGCUCCUAGGUGGAGGUUUGGCCGUUGGAACAGUUCUUCUAAUUGAGGAGGAUAAAUACAAUAUUUAUUCUCCUUUACUCUUUAAGUAUUUCCUGGCAGAAGGAAUUGUCAAUGGACAUACUCUGUUGGUUGCAUCUGCAAAAGAAGACCCUGCUGACAUUUUACAGGAACUUCCUGCACCGUUACUUGAUGAUAAUUGUAAAAAGGAAUUUGACGAAGAUGUACAUAAUCAUAAAACACCAGAAUCUAACAUUAAGAUGAAAAUAGCUUGGCGUUACCAGUUAUUACCCAAGAUGGAGGCUGGACCAGUAUCCUCUUCACGAUUUGGUCACUAUUAUGAUUUAUCAAAAAGAAUACCUCAAGAACUAAUUGAAGCUUCAAAAUGGCAUAGAUUUUUUCUUCCAGAAAAAAUAUCCUCAACAUUUAAUGUAGAACCCUGUUCUUUGACUCAUGGCUACAAAAGACUGCUUCAGUUUAUCCAGAACAUCAUUUAUGAGGAAGGAUUUGAUGGAUCCAACCCCCAGAAAAAACAGAAAAAUAUUUUAAGAAUAGGAAUCCAAAGUCUUGGUUCACCUUUGUGGGGAGACGACAUUUGCUGUACUGAGAACUGUGACAACAGUCACAGUCUUACGAAGUUCCUGUAUAUUCUCCGUGGUCUUCUGCGAGCCUCUCUCUCAGCUUGUAUCAUCACAAUGCCAACACACCUUAUCCAGAAUAAAGCGAUUAUUGCUCGUGUUACAAACUUGUCAGAUAUAGUAGUUGGUUUGGAAUCAUUUAUUGGUUCUGAGAGAGAGACCAACCCAUUAUAUAAGGAUUAUCAUGGUUUGAUUCAUAUACGGCAGAUUCCUCGGCUUAAUAACUUGAUUUGCGAUGUAUCAGAUGUCAAAGACUUAGCUUUUAAAUUAAAAAGGAAGCUAUUCACCAUUGAGGUGUUCUAUUUAUUGGAAAUUCUUUGACUAGCACCUUUAAGCAAAAUUAAACGGUAAAACUUAUGGUCACAAAACAUUUUCCUCUUUUGUAGAUUAGUAUUAUUUUAAAAAGUUUCCUACAGUUCAAUAAGAAGAAAUUAUGUUCCUCAAUAAGGAAAUUCGAGAUUAAAUAUAAAUUAUUAGUUUUUAAAAGGUAGGAUUUGGGGGACUGAAAUAAUUAAGAAAAAAUGUGGUGUGAUAGAGAUGGCUUUGGCCACACAACUACUAAAAUGGUUCUCUUAUUUAAGUAGAAAUUAAAAUUUCGUCAAAAUUAUUACUGUCACAACUCUCUGCCACAGUGGACAUUUCAUAGAGUAGCCAGUUCAGGUUCUUUGUAGCUGGUACAGUGAAGUUCACUGAACUGUUUUGUCAGAUGCUGUCAAGUCAACCCACCAUUGUUGUAGAGAAUCAAACUAAAUCAUUUUGGCAUGAGCCUUCCAGAAAUAAGAUACCCAGUAUGAAUGGUUUAAUGAAAUUGAGUAUUUGGUUUCAACUUUUUGUAAGAAUGUCAAAAAUAUAUUGCAAUCAUUCAGAAAUUUUUCAGUCAAUCAGUUGAAAUGUCUGAUCCUAUAGUUCAUGAAAAAUUUGUUUUAAAUAUCAUUACUUAAUACAAGUAAUACUUGGAAUGUGUUUGGGUAUAUUUUGUUAGUAUAAGACUCUUUACUAAACAUUUCAACAUAGUAAAAUUUCCAAUUAUAUGAUCACUUAGUAAAAAGAGAGAAAAGGUGUCUUUUACUAAAAUUAAAUUUUUCUGUUAAAAAUGAAGUUGAUUUCAAGUUCAAUAAUAGCUCUUUCUGUUUCGGUAAUAACUCUUUUUGUUUCCAAAAGCUGUUAUUAAAAAUAAAGUUGUAUUUGAUUAGAUUUUUAAGAACUUAAUGAAUAGUUUAUGAAUGUUCUAAAUGUUUAAUCUUAUUAGAAAAACAGCUUAUCUUUAUGAUCAGUUGUUAUUUAAAAGGCAUUAUUACAUCAGUUAAAUGCCUCAAACUUUUUAUUUAUGUCUUUUGAUUAUAGGAGGGUUGUUUGUUGAUAUUCCUGCCCCAUAACCUUGGAAAUACUUCACCAACUUAUACUGUAGCUAUGGUGUAGCACUGAAAAAGCUUUUAACAAAAAGCCCCUUGGUGCAAUUAAAGGUCACUUGUACAUAUUGUAAUAGGCUACUCAUUUACAAGAUCUUUGUGAAGGGUCAGUGCUAUAGCAUGAAAUGGAUUGCCCUUGUUGAGCCUGUAAAUCAAUGGGUCAACUUAUAUUCAGUGGGAAAGGAAAAAUCUAGCACAAUUCUACUUCGUUAUUAUUUUUAUAAACAAUUGCUAAAAUGUUGAGCAAAGCUAAAUGCACUAGUGCUAUUUUCUUAACAUAAAUAUAGAAAAUUAUUAGAAUAUGUGACUACAGUUUUUAAGAAAAUCUGCACUCUCUCACGCAUACACGCAUACAUACACAUGCACAUUUUUGUUUGGUUGUUAAAUAUAUGGCUCAUGUCCUGGUCUAGAAAAACAUAGCACAAUGGUAGUAUUCAAACGGCCUUUACUAUCAUGUUUCAAAAUGCCUAAGUUGUAUAUACCCAUUUUUUCUGUACUGAGAUUCAAAACUUGUCAAGAAUAGGUAUGAAAAAGGAAUCAGUGUAGAUAGAGACUUAUUUUAGUUAUCUUUCAUAGCUUUUCCAGUGCUCUUUGGGGAAAAAAUGGUGGCGGAGAAAACGUAUUAGUAAUGAUCUGUGCUAACUAAAUUCAGUCACCUGUUUUUUCAAUAAACUAAGACUUUAGGAUAAAAAUAAAAGUAAUGGUGAAAAGAAAAUAUUUUGUAUUUUAUAAUAAUUUUAAUAUGCAUAUUUUACAUAUUUUGUAUAUAUGCUUAUGAACUAUACAUCAUUUUUUUAUUCUCGAAAUAAUAUCAAAUGAGUAAAACUAGGAGUCCCCUGGUGGCUCUGUGGGUUAAAGAUCCAGCAUUGUCACUGCUGUCGCUUGGGUCACGGGCCCAGAAACUUCUGCAUGCUAUGGGUGGGCCAAAAAAAAAUUAGCAAAAAUAUACUAAUGAAAUAAAUUUAACCAGCACUUUCUAGAUUCUUCCCUCUGAAUUUGGCCAUUCAGACACCCAACAACUACCCACCCCUAAUUUUAUUUUUGGUUCUGUUGUACUAUCAAAAAUGAAAAAAAAAAUUAAAUUUGCAGUCAAGGCCAAAUCAAAUCUCCUCUGUCAAAAAACAUAAUUUAACAAUGGAUUUGAAUCAAGAAUCAAACGAGGAGUUCCUUUUGUGGCUCAGUGGUUAAUGAACCCGACUAGGAACCGUGAAGUUGCUGGUUCGAUCCCUGGCCUUGCUUAUCGGGUUAAGGAUCUGGCAUUGCCGUGAGCUGUGGUGUAGGUCACAGACGCAGCGGCUCGGUUCCUGUGUUGCUGUGGCUUUGGGGUAGGCCGGCGGCUACAGCUCCGAUUAGACCCCUAGCCUGGGAACCUCCAUAUACCACAGAUGCAGCCUCAGAAAAGACAAAAAAAGCCUCCCCCCAGAAAAAGAAGAAGAAGAAUCAAAUGAAGAAUAAUAAGUUAACUUUUAAAAACCUGUAGGACUAAUUGGUCUAUAAAAAUAAGGUGAGACAUGACGUAAAUAGCCAAGAAUAGCUUGACGCAAGUAAUCUUUCUCUGCUUGUUACUGAGCUCUUGAAUAUCCCUUCUGCACUGUUUGGUUUGUUUGUGUUGCCAUACUUCUUUAGCACAGUGGAAACACCUGCCUAAGCCUUAUUUAUAAAAUAUCAAAUCUUUGGGGAAAUCUGGUUCAUUUAGGGACAUAAAUGCUUUAAACUUAUGUCUGUUUUACUCAGCAUGGUAUCCUCUUUUCUUAGUUUAGUGCCUGAUCAUGUAGGUGCUCAAAAAAUAUUGAAUGAAUGACUAAACGAAUGAAUGUUCUCUUGCCAGUGCUCAAAACAAUUAGGUGUGGCCAUAAAAUCUCACCAUUUCAGACUAUAUGGAAUAGUCUGAUAAUGCUAAUAAACUUGCCAUAAAUGCUAAUAUUUCCAUUUAAGGUUUUGCCUAAGUAAAAUAACCUUCAAAAAUAUCAUCUAAUGGGAGAUCCCAUUAAGGCUCAGGGGUAACGAAUCCAACUAGUAUCCAUGAGAAUACAGGUUUGAUUCCUGGCCUCGCUCAGUGGGUUAAGGAUCCAGUGUUGCCAUGAGCUGUGGUGUAGGUCACAGACGGCUCGGAUUGUGUGUUGCUGUGGCUUUGGCGUACGCUGGCAGCUACACCUGAUUCGACCCCUCGCCUGGGAACUUCUAUAUACCAUGAGUGCAACCCUAAAAAAAAAAAAAAAAAAAAAAAAAAAAAAAAAAGACAAAAAAAAAUCAACUCAUAAUAUAAGGAACCAUUAUUGCUGAAAUAAAGAAGACCUAUACUCCUCAAAAAUACUAGGUAGGAAA